ACGUCGUCUGUGUGCAGGCACAUCGAGCCUGCGCGCUGCUACUUGAGGUGCUCUUAGGCUAAAGAACCCUGGAUUUAGUGGUGUAAACUAGCGUCCAUCAAUGCCUCUUGGGGUUUGCCUCAACCACGGGACGUUUCUGGCACCAGCACGUCAAACAACACACCCGAGAUGGACCGGGGCCGAACAACGCACAAGACUGUGGGGUGACCAGGAUCCAAGGUGGGGAGACCUUCAGCGCGACGUCGAAAGUGAAAGGACUACGCUCAAGUCUAGCCUUAACUCGCCUAGGCAGGUGUAGAUCAGAAGGGUCCAGCACAGGCACAUGGCGAUUCGGCCUGCCCAGAUGUCCGUAGGCCAGAGCGCAUGAUCACCAGGUCACAGCUCUCGAUAUGAAUUCUCCUGCGCCUUCUCUGCCCCUCAUGGCAUUUGACCGUUCACAACUACAACUGUGCACAACAUGAGUUCUGCGUCGAGUGCGUCGACGAGCACCCCGCCGCCAGACUCCAGCCAGUACCCUGCCGAACGACAAGCCCAGAACAAAUCUUCAAAAGCACUCCUCUACCGCUUGUACAUAUCACACACUCUCUCGACCUGGAAUGCGCGAACGUUCGAAUUCGGUGCAGUCAUCUUCCUGGCUGCAAUCUUCCCUAGAACGCUAUUCUUCGCAUCUUGUUAUGCGCUGUUCAGAUCCGCCGCUGCUGCUGCCCUUGGAUCCUGGAUCGGCAGCUUAGUCGACAGCCAGAACCGCCUCUAUGUAGUGCGCCAAAGCAUUGUAUGGCAGAGAGUAUCUGUCGCUCUGUCAUGCCUUAUUCUGGUUAUGCUGCUGGCCGGCAACCCUGAAAAUGGUCUGGUCCUCUACGGGCUCUUUGCCUUGAUUGUCGCGCUAGCAGGUGUGGAGAAGCUGGCCUUUGUCGCCAACGCAGUGGCCGUUGAAAGAGAUUGGAUCAUUGUGGUUUCUGAUAGUUUAGGUGUCGAGAGACAGGAGUUGAAUAGCGCGAUGCGCAGGAUCGACCUGGUGUGCAAGUUGAUCGCACCUCUUGGCAUUGGUCUUCUCGAUGGAUAUUCCACGAGGACCGCUAUCUGGGUCGUCUUCGGACAGAACGCCAUCAGCGUGCUUAUUGAGUACUUUGCCAUUGCGCAAGUCUACUCUGCAAUCCCUGAGCUUGGGCAAGGGAAAGAGCAAGGAAACGCUACUGAAACACCACGAUCACCGGGUGGCACAUCCACCGCCCCGUCGCGAUCCACCCUGAAUACCAUCAAAGACAACAUUUGCCCAUGGAAAGACUACUUCCAAAACCCCGCCUUUCUCGCUUCCUUCUCACUGUCAUUACUGUACCUUACAGUCUUGAGCUUUGCCUCCCAGAUGACAACCUACCUCCUCACUCUCGGCUUCACCAGCACCCACGUCUCCAUCAUGCGACUUGUCGCCGUCAUUCUCGAGCUCUCGGCGACAUGCGCGGCGCCCCUUCUCAUGAACAAGAUCGGCGCUGUGCGCUCUGGUCUGUGGUUUAUCAAUGAGCAGCUCGUCUCCAUCAUGCUCGCAAUCAGCUUCUUCGCUGCGACAACCUCACAAACCCACCUUAAACUCGCCGGACUCGCGCUCGUCGCCGGCGUCGCACUGUCGCGCCUGGGCCUCUGGGGUUUUGAUCUGUGCGUGCAGUACCUAGUGCAAGAAGACGCGCCCGAAGCAACACGCGGCUCUUUCUCUGCGAUCGAGAUGUCGUUGCAGAAUUUCUUCGAGCUGCUCAGCUUCGCGACGACAAUGAUAUUUUACAGACCAGAGGACUUCAAAUACCCUGUGUACAUCAGUGCGGGCGCUGUAGCGCUGAGCGCAGCGUGUUUUGCAGGUUUUGUGAGGCAGAAGAGGGGCCAUUUAUUGCAUACGAGCAAGUGCUUGAAGAGGGCGGGAAGGAGCGGGAGAUAUCAGAUAUUGCCGACGAUUGAGGAGGAGGUGGAGAUGGGGGAUGUCAAUAGUGAGGAGAGACGAUCGUAGAUACUCAAUCAAUUUCCUUUGUUCAAUCUUAAAGACCGAUUAACGCUCACCAAAACU